AUGAAUAACUUUUACGUUGAAGAUGAAGGAUGUUUACUAAAUUUGUCCACACCUUCAGGUGAAGGCUGUCUUAAGCUUGCACAGAAUCACUUUAAUAAUGUGAAUACUAUAGAUACUGCCUCAUGUUUUCCUGGCCGUGAUGUUCUUGACUGCUCAGUUGUGGAAGGAGAGUGCAGCGAAGAUGACACCACCGAUGAAGAUUACGGUAGCAUACAAAAGCCUGCCUUUUUGGUUACAGGAGAACCCGAUUUUGAUUCAGGGCCUCCACAAGAUGGACUAGAAUAUCUUAGGCGUGUAAGGUGGGAAGCUGAACAAAUUCCAAAAGUGGCGGUUGCAAAGGAUUUAAUGCGGCUUGAGCUUGAAGCAGUGGAUUGUCCUCUUAUUGCAGACACUUGUGCAGCCCUUCAGUCUCUACUUCGGAAGUGUGGAAGCUUGCGUGCUGCAAAAUGGGAACUGGAUGAUGAUGUUAUUAUGCUAAAUAUUCUCACGACAAUAUCAGGCAGGUACUUUGGACAGUCAGAAAAUUGA